UAUGCAGGUAGCCCAGACAACAAUGUGUGAACAUUUAUUUCCCUGUGUUCUCUGUCAAGUGCAUGAGACAGAUUCACUCAAUCCAGAACAGUGUGCUAACUGCACAGAACUGAUAAUUGAAGAAGUAGAUGACUUAUUUGAAGAGGAGGGCACAAACUGUGUACAAUUCUAUGGAGAGUGCCGUUCUGAAUACCAGUACCUAUACAAUGAGACAUCGGGCAUUAUAAUAAGGACAUUACGUAGCUUGAAGUGCCCCUUGCAAUUGAGUUUUACUCCUAUAAUCGUGGCCAUUAUUGCUUUCAUUCUUGCCCUUGGAAUUAUUGCGCUUUGUAUUUGGAAAUAUAUUACUGUAAGAAAAGACCAACUUGAAUUCAUUAAGUUUAAGAAUGAGCAAGCGAAAGCAGAGUGGGAUGUGGCUGCAAGUCCACUCUACAUACCACCAGUGACAACAUUCAAGAAUCCAACUUAUAAUGCUGUAUCAUAAAAUUUUCAGAAGCAAGAAGGAAGGUUGCGACACAUUAGUGGGUCUGAGAAGUAAUUGGCUGGGCUAUUCUGUGUCUACCUGUAACACUUGCUGCACCAUCACUUGCAACUCUUUUGCAGUUAUCCUAAUUUUAUUUAUUGAUUCUUCCAGUUCUGUGAGUAUGGCUUACUCAGCUGAGUCUGAAGAUAAGUGUAAACAACCCAUAAAAUCAUCCCUGAAACAACAUAUUGCCCAAUUUUAAAUACCAGUGUUGUAAUCAAAAUGUAUUACAAAAUCAGUACCAGACUAUAAAUGAAUAAUGGGUGUUAUUUCUAAAUGUUUUACGCAAGUAUUGCAAUAUGUGUACAACUGUGGCUCUCAAGUAUGUGCCAUAUUGAAUGUUGAAAAUUAUCGAUUGCUGUAGCAAAUAUUACAAUUGCCAUCUUCAGGGUGUAAUACAUAUAUAGUGGUUGUUUUAGUAAUGUAAAUUUUAAUAAAAAGAAUAAAAUGAAACUUUGU